AUGUUGCUUACUUCAAUUGGGCUUAUGCUCGCCUUGCUGAAUCUCACAGCUGCAACCAAAGAGCCUUUGCAGGUUGCACAUUAUGAUGACAUCAAAAAUGUCAACCCUGCUAUCGGAAUCGCACCACCAAAACCUUAUAAGUUUCUUCAAUACAUUGGGUACGGUCUCGGGGCUCCUGUUCCAGGCACUAUCACCAUUCAAGCGUCAUCAGCUAAGAAUGCUAUCUUUGCACCUUAUCUACUUGCUGGCGCGCCCCUUGUAAUGCCAGUUGUCUUUUCCAACUACACUGAUAGCAAGGUUCUUUCUUUCGACUUGAAGAGCAUAGCAGACGGCUGUUACGCAGCCACCCAGAAUGGCAUUCUGGCCCCAGCUAUCAACUGUACGAUCAGGUACACGGGAACCAAAAGAGAUGGCAAGGAGGUGGUAUAUGACUCAGUUUACGGUACUGGGGAGAUUCUUGGACUUGCACUGCACGCAAUUCCAGUCAAGAGCCAUGAAUUCCCAGUGCUUGAUUUCAGCGACUUGGUACAGGUGAAACCGAAAAUCAUCAAAGCUACAUUACCGAACCUUCUGGGAGCUGUAGCUCAGAUGGCGUUUGACGACAUGACGUAUGAGGUUACCUUGAAGUAA